AUGGCUUGCCUGGAAGAGGGCGUUCCCUUCGUAAAUGGUUCCCCGCAGAAUACCUAUGUCCCUGGUCUCAAGGAGAUGGCUGAGAACAUCCCUGGUGCGGUCAUUGCUGGUGAUGAUUUCAAGUCCGGCCAGACCAAGAUGAAGUCUGUCUUGGUCGACUUCUUGAUCGGCGCGGGAUUGAAGCCCACGUCUAUUGUUAGCUAUAAUCAUCUCGGAAAUAACGAUGGGAAAAACCUAUCGGCUCCUCAGUGCUUCCGCUCGAAGGAGAUUUCCAAGUCAGACGUUGUGAAUGACAUGGUGAACAGCAAUGCCCUAUUGUAUAAGAAAGCUGAGCAUCCGGACCACUGUGUCGUUAUCAAGUACGUGCCGGCGGUGGGCGACUCUAAGCGUGCUAUGGACGAGUACACUUCACAAAUUUUUAUGAAUGGCCUCAACACAAUCGUUAUGCACAAUACCUGUGAAGAUUCUCUUCUCGCAGCUCCACUGAUCAUCGACUUGGUCCUCUUGGCCGAGUUGAUCACUCGUAUCAAGCUUGCCAAGGACGGAGAGGAGCUGCGUGGUAUGCAUCCUUUCGGUGUGAUUCUAAGCUACUUGACCAAGGCUCCAUUGGUUCCUGAUGGAACACCCUGCAUUAAUUCGCUGGCCAAACAGCGUGCAAUGCUAGAGAAUGUAUUGAAGGCGUGCGUUGGCCUUCCUCCUGACAACAACAUGCUGCUAGAGUUCAAGUAG